AUGAAUCCUAGCACAGAAGAACAUAUUAAGAAAAGAGACAAAGAAAGCGAGCAAUUACUGGAAAGUUAUAUCAGCGUUUUGGAGCAAUUAACUACCAAAUCGUCAAAAAAUAAAGGACAUAUUGCUCUUGCUAAAUCAGCUGCCAAGGGAAACAAGAAGGCUGCAGAAACAAUUGCUUCCGCUUUACUGUUUGGUGAUAAUUUCCCCCAGGAUAUUAAAGCGGCUAAGAUCUUGCUUGAAUUCUUGGCAAAAGAAGGAUCUUCAGAAGCUCUAAGGAAUUUAGGAUUUAUGAAUGCAUUUGGAAUAGGCUUUAACUACAACCAAACCAAGGGAUACAGAUCUUGGGAAGGGAUCAAUACACCCAAGAGCUGUGAACCAGCACUUGCAAAUUACAGAAAUGUAGCAGAUAAAAUGAUUGCUACAUUCGACAGAGACAAUUUAUUUCCAGUGGACAAAGUAAGACUGGUGUACUAUAUGGAAAAGUACGGUUCUGCCAAUGUGUUUACGGAUCGGAACCUCUACCAGUACUCUGUGUUUCUGGCAGGAAGAGGAAACUCAGAUGCACAAAUGAUUCUGGGACUGCUUCACUACACAGGCAGAAAUGGUCCUGCGCUAGAUCAUUAUAAAGCACGUUACUAUUUCACAAAGGCAGCGCGUUCCGGGAAUACAAAGGCUUUAGCAUUUCUGGGAGAGAUGUAUUUUAAAGGGAGUGUUGCUACCCCUCAGAACAACAUCACCGCCAUGAAAUACUAUUCAGCAGCUGCUGAGCUGGGGGACCCAUUAGGAUUAUAUGGCCUCGGUCUGAUAUAUCUGCAAGGCAAAGGGGUCCCUGUUAACUACAAUGAAGCGUUCAGAUACCUCAAUGAAUCAGCAGCUAGAGGUUUGAAGAAUGCGCAGGCCCAACUUGGACUCAUGUACUAUAAUGGUCUAGGGCUAACAAAAGAUUAUGAAACAGCUUACCGUUACUUUGAGAUGGCCUCUGAGGGUAGGGACCCCCUUGCGAUUUUCUACAUGGCUCAGAUGUAUUCGACUGGAACAGGUGUACCCAGAUCCUGCCAGAACGCAGUACAGCUCUACAAAUACUUUUGUGAGUUGGGAAGCUGGUCGGAAAUGUUCUUGUCUGCAUACAAAGACUAUGAGAGAGGACAGAUAGAGUCGGCACUUGUUCAGUAUCUGUUACUGGCAGAAAUUGGGUAUGAAGUCGCCCAGAGCAACGCGGCAUACAUUUUGGAAUCAGGACAGGUUUCCUUCCGUGCCAUUUGUGUGGCAACAAAUCCAUAUACUGGUACUCAUAGAGGGGAAUCGGUUAAUCACUGUGGGUAG